AGGCUGCCCAGUGCGCCUGCGCGGAGGGAAUCUCGCGACGUUAGCUCUAUUAUUUUUUUUUUUAAUCCAGCUACGCGAGAUUUCCUCACCCCGGAGGCGCAUGCGCAGUAAGCCCUGUGAGUCCCUGAGAGGUGCCAGUACCGGCAAGAAUUGGAGGCAGCAUGUCAGGAGGGCCCUCGCCCCCUCCCCCUGUAGAGGUGUCCAGUGGACCGGUAGCAGAGAGCUGGUGUUACACCCAGGUCAAAGUAGUGAAGUUUUCCUACAUGUGGACCAUAAGUAACUUCAGUUUUUGUCGGGAAGAAAUGGGCGAAGUUUUAAAAAGUUCUACGUUUUCAUCGGGGCCAAAUGAUAAAAUGAAAUGGUGCUUACGAGUUAACCCAAAAGGGCUGGACGAUGAGAGCAAAGAUUACCUAUCCUUAUACCUGCUCCUCGUCAGCUGUCCGAAAAGUGAAGUUCGCGCAAAAUUUAAGUUCUCUCUGUUAAAUGUAAGAAGGGAAGAAACCAAAGCCAUGGAGAGUCAGAGAGCUUAUCGUUUCGUUCAAGGAAAAGAUUGGGGCUUCAAAAAAUUUAUCCGGCGAGAUUUCUUACUUGAUGAAGCAAAUGGUCUCCUGCCAGAUGAUAAACUCACGCUGUUUUGUGAGGUGAGCGUAGUUCAGGACUCCAUGAAUAUAUCUGGGCAAUCCAGCACAAACAACCUGAAAGUCCCAGAAUGCCGUCUGGCCGAGGACAUGGGUCAGCUGUGGGAGACCACCAGGUUUACAGAUUGCAGCCUGUACGUGGGCGGCCAAGAGUUUAAAGCUCACAAAUCCAUCCUUGCAGCUCGGUCCCCGGUAUUCAAUGCAAUGUUCGAACAUGAAAUGGAAGAAAGCAAGAAGAACAGAGUAGACAUUCAGGAUAUGGAGCCAGAAGUCUUUAAGGAAAUGAUGGGCUACAUCUACACAGGAAAAGCACCUAAUUUAGAGAAGAUGGCUGAUAACUUGUUGGCGGCAGCGGAUAAAUAUGCUCUGGAACGGCUAAAAGUCCUAUGUGAGGAGGCCCUAUGCAAUAGCCUGUCCGUGGAGAAUGUCGCCGACGUCCUGAUUCUCGCAGAUUUGCACAGCGCAGAACAGCUGAAAGCACAAGCAAUAGACUUCAUAAACAGAUGUAGCGUUCUCAGGCAACUGGGUUGUAAGGACGGUAAAAACUGGAAUGGCAGUCAAGCGAUGGAUGUAAUGGAGACAGACGGCUGGAAAUCCAUGAUCCAGUCACAUCCACACCUAGUAGCAGAAGCCUUCCGAGCACUCGCAUGCGCACAGUGUUUGCCUUUUGGAUUUCCAAGGAAGCGGCUAAAGCUGUCUUAAGUCACCCCAGAAGCUUUCUGUCCCAUCCAUCAAGGACUUUACAGUCAGUGUUCAGAACUGUUUUACCUACCACACAAGCCGAAGCUUUUUAAUUUGUUGAGUUUCUUCCCCACUCUGGUUGUGCGCACACAAGACUGAGGACCUAUCUAACGUUUGCUUUGCAGAUGGAGAACGUCAUCCAAUCCACAGCUUUAAAUUCGACAGGUUGUUCUCAUAUUCACUAAAUUGCCUUAAAUUAUCAAAUCCGGUCUCUGUUAUCAAGUUCACCAGUUGUUCCGUUAUAUUGUUCUUGUUUUAUUAUAUAAAUAUAUAUUAUAAUUUUUUUUUUUUAAACAAACCGUGCCUUGUCAUGUGACCAGGCUAUAUGGGAUUGCACUAACGCCAUGUUACAUUGAUAAUAAUAAUAUUAUUGGCAUUACGUGUUUUGGAAGGAUAAGCCUCGAUUUGAUUUCUGUGUUGUGUCGUGGUCGUUUUGAUGGUCGGUGUUCAAAUUGAAAUGACUUUUGUUUGAAAGAUUUAUCCAUUACAAAGCUGAAAAGAUGAUUUGUCCCCAAAACGUUAAAGGGGUAUUCUGGGUUUAUAAAUCUUGUCCCCUAUCCAAAGGAUAGGGGAUAAGAUGUAUGAUCGCAGGGGUCCCGCCGCUGGGGACCCCCAUGAUCUCAGUGCAGCCCCCGGCAUUCUGUGCCAGGCGCUGCCUCAGAGACUG